CCGGUCGCCGCUUUCCCUCAGCCAAGCUCUAGGACUGCGCUCCGCGAGCGCGCUCACUUUGCAAGUCCUUCCCUUCCUGCCCGCCGGAGCCGGGUGCGCGGCCACUAUCUGGCUGCGCCCUCCUUUGUCUCACGCGGACCCGCGCCGCGGCCGGAGAGGCCGCCGGGAGCGCGCAUCGCGGCCGCAGGGCCCGGCUCCGGGCGGCCCGAGCUGGCCUCUCCGAGGGGAGUCGUGCGGCGGCGACAUGCCAAGGUAUGAACUAAACAAAGGACUUAAAAAAACAACAAAGAAAGAUGCUUUGGAGCCCAAAUGCCUCUGCUGUCAGAUCCCUUCAUUUGCAUCUAUUGGUGUACAUCAGCCUGGUGUUUGGGAUUUCACAUGCUUGGCUUGAUUUUGCAGAUCAACCUUGUGUUUUUAACAUGACGUUACAAAGUCUGCGGCCGAUUUUAUCAUGGAAAUUAAAAAACCAUCCCAUUGUACCAACUUACUACAAAUUACAGCACACAAUUAUGAGUAAACCAGACACCAUGAAGAUAGUUGAAGGCUGCACAAACAUCACGAGACCGUCUUGUGACGUCAUGGACGUGUUGGAGGACAUCCACGAGAACUACCUGUUCCUGCUGGAAGGAUUCAGGGGGAGCUCCGCGUUGGAUAACUGCUCGGACAUCUUCACGUCGGCAGACAUGUAUUUUGAACCACCAGAAUUUGAGAUUGCUGGCUUUACAGACCUCAUUAAUGUGACAGUGAAGUUUCCACCCAUCAUUCCCAAGAUAUUUAAAAAAGAAUUACAACAUUCCUUAUCACUGGUUAUCAGUGAGCAGUCGGGAGGGAUUGUUAAGACGCAUAAACCCAAAAUAACAGGAAACAUCGGUGGAAAUUUCAGCUAUGUCAUUGACAAGAUAAUUCCAAACAGCAACUACUGUGUAUCUGUUUAUUUUGAGCCUAAAUUUAUGGGAAGUACCAUAAAGCCUCCCUUAAAAUGCACCUUCCUUCAGUCUCGCCAGGAAUCAGAAUCAUCAGAAUCUGCCAAAAUAGGAGGAAUAAUUACUGUGUCUGUGAUAGCAGUUGUCUUCAUCGCCACCGUCCUGACACUGAAACGGGUUGGUUACAUAUGCUUAAAGAGCAAGUUCCCCAAAGCCUUGAAUUUUCAUAACUUUCUAGUCUGGAUAUUUCCUGAGCUGCCCCCACCAGAAGCAGUGGAUGCGGUGGAGGUCAUCUACAUCAACAGGAUGAAGAAACUCUGGAAUUACAACUAUGACGACGAAAGUGACAGCGAUGACGAGACAGCCCCCAGAGCAAACGCCGGUGGCUACACCACGCACGGCCUGCUGGCCAGGCCUCUGAAUCAGACCUCCGCCACCUCGGCCACCUCUGAGGAGUCCCAGUCCGCCGACGGGGACACGAACGAGUUAGACGUGGAGGAGCCUAACUCACCUGAGGGCUACGCGGAGUCCCCCACAGCCCCCAGGCCGGCCCUUUGCCCCUCGCCGACAGAGCGCACCGACGAGAGGACAGAGAGUCCACCCCAGGACCCCAUCCCCAAUGGGGACAGCAGCAGCACUGGGGGGUCUGGGGACAGAAUCAUCUUCAACGUGGAUUUGAAAUCUGUGUUCAUGAGAGUCCUCGAUGAUGACCCGGAAGAAGCCCCUGUGACGUUCUCCCCUCCGCCAGAGGACAUCAGUGACCUAGAGGAUCCAGGUCACAAGGAGCCCACCGUGCUGGUGGCUGGUGGGGACAGGCUGGAGCCACCCCACCCCGGCACCUCUUCCGAGUGCCAGUGGCCUGUGGACAUUCCUUCUGAGAAGAGUGACACUUCUGAUUCCGACUCGGAUGUUGGUGCGGGGGGUGACUAUAUAAGGAGAUGAGUCCAAAAAUGUUUAACUCCGACCGUCAAGGACCCACAGGGUCCUCUCUCCUUGGACCCUAGCUUGCUGCCUUGUGGUCUGCAAGUAUUCUCUGCCAGGAGGGGUAGGGAACUUCCUGGGCUUCCCGGGGACAUCACCCUGCAGGGUCCCAGUAUGGGAAGCGUCCUGCCACUCAGCGCGGCGUUGCCCAGUUCCAAGUGAUACCCUCGGAAGGGCGCAUGCUCUGUCCAUUCCAUUCUGGUGGUGUACCUGGGAGCAAGGUACCCAGGGAGCACAGUUCCCUAUGGCCCUCCUGGGUGAUCUAGGGCCCUGCGGUGUGUCCGACAGAGGGUGCAGGAGAGGCUGGGUUGGGGAAGAAAACAGGAAAGCAGGCAGCAGGGUUUAGCAAGGGGAGACCAGGGCCCGGCAGGCUCUGGAAAGAGCAGCGAAACAAACAGCAGUGGCGGAGGGGACACAGGAUGGAGUGGGGGGCCGGGAAACAAGGAUUGGCCAGCUGGUCUCCACGCCCCUCUCAGAUGCCGGAGUCUGCCUCCCGUGCCGCCGGAACAGCGCCAGCACCUCACCAGCCCUCUGGAGAGGAGUCACAGAUGCUACACACUCCGGUCCAGGCAGGUGACUAACGGAGAGAGGACACAUUGCACGGGGAAGAGGAAUAAAAUCUCAGUGCCAUCUUGUGAGAUUUAAAAAAAAAAAAAAGAUCACAAGUGCUUCCAAGUCUUCAGCGCAACCGCGGCAUGUGAGAGCUGGGGAGAUGACCUGUCACUCGCCGACGUGCCGCGUGCCGGUUCCAGGCGUCCUCCGGGUGAUGGGAUGCCUCGUGACUGGGGGGAGGGAAGGCGAGGCUCUACCACGUCACGGAGCGAACAGCGCAGGACUGGGCCACAGAGCUCCCACGGCUGCCAUCUUGCUGUUGUGGCUCGGGGCAUUUUGCUAAGUCUCUCCAAAGCCCCAGUCCACAUUUAUGAAUUACGGGGGUUGGCCUAAUCACCACCACCCUAUGAAUCCAGGGCAAUACUGGGAAGUAUUCAGAAAUAAAGACGCCAGUGGGAAUGGGGCAACCUGGGGAGGCCCCGGGAUGAAUGAGGCGGGGGGACCCUCCUUUCUCACCGCUCCCACUCCUGCCAAGUCUAUUCAAAAGGUGAAAAGGGAAGGUUGUAGGAGACCCAGUUGUAGGAUCCUGGAGAGAUUAUUUGUAUCACUGCGCUAAAGUAACUCAGGCUGUGCGGGGCAGCCAUCACUUGAUUACUGAAAUGCCCUGCGGAAGAGGCCCCACGCACAUCCUGGCCUCCUGGGCCCCCUGAAUGCGUUUCCAGGCUUGUAUUUCAGAAUAGCCUCUCCCGUCUGCACUUGUGUGCGUCCUUUUUACAGUUCUGCAUCAUGGCCUGAGCUGGUAACGGGUACGACAAGCACACUUUUUAGUACAAACUUCGCGCGGCUUCCUAGGCCUGUUUCGGACAGGACGAGUGCCCGCGCAGAUCUGUGAGCCCGCCGGCUCGCUCCGACCACCUCCCGCCCCCUUCCUCACACAUCACCCUGGGGCUCCCCGGCAGACAGCAGGCAGAGCUUCCCAGUCCGUCGGCCCACGCUGGAGUUUCCAACCGCACCGCUGCCCACGUCCUAGAAAGAGGAAAUGAAAGCUUUCUGGGCUGGCCCCGUGAGAGAAGCUGCUCACUGGCAAGUAAAUGACGUGGCGUCCCGGGACCCUCCCUGGGUGGGUAGACUCACCCUGGUGUCCCCAACAGUGCUCUUCAACCACCUGCUGGGGAGAGGGCCUUCCAGAGAGCCAGCUGGGCCCCUGAGAAAAUGAAGGUUUAAAGAAAAACCAGCACCGCCCCAAAUUCCACCCUCCAGAUAUAACCGCAGGGUGGGCGACCCAGUGCGCGGAUGUGGGUAUCUGGAAGAGUUCACAGGGCGAGUUCGGCCAGCAUGCCAGCUCGCAGUCCCUAGGUUUGAGGUCCAGCUCUGUUCCUGCUCGUGCGCACCUGGGAGGCGGGGGUGAGGGCGCAGGUGGUGGGGUCCCGGGCACCUGCACCUGCGCAGGAUUGGGUUCCGUGCUGCUAGCUUCAGCCUGGGCACCUGCUGGGUAUUUGGGGAAUGAACCAGCAGGUGGGAGGAAACUCUCCGCCUUUCAAAUUAAAAGGCAAAAAUGUUCACGGAGAAUGAAAUUAAAACCUAAGUUUAUUAUGAAUGCACGAAAGUUUGUAACUUUAUAAUGUGCAUUUUUUAUGAAGUUUUUGAAGAUGCCUGUGUAUGUGAAUCUCGAAAUGUUUUUAUACCAAAACAAACUUUUAUUUCUGUUUUCCCACGAACUGAGUCGAG